CUUCGCCUGGCAUUUCUGACCCGUUCGCUGCCUCCGUUUCGUUACAGACAACAAUCACAUUCCUUACAACCAGCACGCGUCGUCUACAAUAACAAACCGCAACGUCCAUACCAUUCUCUCAACUACCUGCACAUCACCGUCAUUAUCCAAACAACACAAACAAAUAACCACGAUAUCAUCAUCGUCAUACAUCCAACUACCGUCAUCCGCGUCCUCGGAUCUUCAAAGCUUCCUUCCAAAUACAGCAGUCCAUCGAAAAUCGCGACUCACACAAGACUCUUUCGCAAGACUUCAUCUCCAUCAAGAUGCGCUUCUCAAUCCUCGCUGCGGCUGCCCUCUUCGGAGGCGCCCUCGCUGAUGCCACCACCACCUCAAUUACCACCACCUACACCAUGACCCGCACUCUCUCGCGCGUCGACUGCACCACCACUGCAACUCUCAGCGCCAAUGGCACCACCAUUGUCCCCACUCGCCUGACUACCUUCACUGCCACUGCUGCGGCCGGCGCUCACUCCAACGGCACCAUCACCACCUCCACGCGUGGCCCUGCUGCGACUUCACCCAUUGCUGCCACCGGCGCCGCUUCGCGAUUCGGCAUGGAGGCUGCCGGCCUCGUGGCCGCUUUUGGUCUCGUCGGUCUCGUCAUUUAAGCGACCCCAGCUCUCAAUAUUUUCUUCAACUUUCCUGUCCAACUUGGUCGCGGCGCUUGCGGCUUCCACCAUUCUUGGACCUUCUUGAUUUUACAAACUUGACGUUUCUCAUGAUGCUACGCGCGACGCUGGAGCGUUGAAUUCCCUGGCUGGCUCGGAGUGCUUGGUGGCUUGGAGAACCGUUUCGUUUCGCAAAUACCCCCCAUUUUUCGAUUUGAUCAUUUUUUCCCCUGGAUCAGUCUGCUUGUCUAUCUUUGUUCGUGUUUUGGAUUGUCUUUUUGGAAUAGCGGAAGGAAAAGCGCUGGGCUGCGCAAGGUCGAUCAUUCCUCAAGCCUAGGUCUUGAGUCGUUGGAUCAUCAGAUGAAGAAAAAUUCCAAAAGCUAUGCUGA